AUGGCAGGUAAAGGAGGGAAAGGGCUUAUAGCUACAAAAACGACGGCUGCUAACAAAGACAAGAAGAAAUCCGUCUCUCGCUCUGCUCGUGCCGGUAUUCAGUUCCCAGUGGGUCGUAUUCAUCGUCAACUCAAGAACAGAGUUUCUGCGCAUGGAAGAGUUGGUGCCACUGCUGCUGUCUACACUGCAUCGAUUCUGGAAUACUUGACUGCAGAAGUUCUCGAGUUAGCUGGAAAUGCAAGCAAAGAUCUGAAAGUGAAGAGAAUAACUCCGAGGCAUUUGCAGCUUGCAAUCAGAGGAGACGAGGAGCUUGACACUCUCAUCAAAGGAACAAUUGCUGGAGGUGGUGUGAUCCCUCACAUCCACAAGUCCCUCGUCAACAAAGUCACCAAGGAUUGA